UCUUAUCCAACAUGGCUUCUGCAAUAAAGAUAUUGUUAGCGAGUUUGCUAUUCGCACUAGCCCUGAGUUACGCAAUAGCGCAGUACGGAGGAUAUGGAGGAUAUGGCGGAAAUGGCGGAUAUCCAGGAGGAGGAUAUGGCGGAAAUGGCGGAUAUCCAGGAGGAGGAUAUGGAGGAUAUGGCGGAUAUCCAGGAGGAGGAUAUGGCGGAUAUGGUGGAGGAGGUGGUCGUGGAUAUGGUGGUCGUGGAUAUGGUAAUCGUGGAAGAGGACGAGGGAAUGGUGGUUACGGGGGCUAUGGUCGUUAAGGAGGAGGUUAUCCUGGAUAUGGUGGUUAUGGAUACUACUAAAACCACGCUUACAGAUCCAAACUUUGAGGAUUCAACUGCAAUUUUCUACCAGCAAGUGCCUAUUUACUGCAAAUGACAAUAUGUAUCCCAUACUCAAUUUAGUUUUGUAUUUUUUAUAAGUGUAGAAAAUAAAACUUAUUUAGGAGCACUA